UCACAGCAUCGAACCGUUCAGUUCUGGUUUGGUCGCGCAUCCCUUCAGAACGGGCCAGUGCGUACGUUGCGUGUUGGCGUUUUGUGUGUGUGAAUGUGUGUAGUUCGCUGCUUGUCUCGGUGGUCGACGUACAUCGGUACAUCGAGUGUUGUGUUCGCAAUCGAACGGAUCCGGUAGUGAACAAACUGCUGCUGUGUUUCUGUGUCCCUGUUUGUGUGCUUUAAAUUGUGCAGUGCAGUGAGAAGUGAGAGUGAAGAUAGCCAGCUCGCAGUAGACGGCAGUUGGAAUAUAAAUGCGAUCACGUUUAGCCUGCAAGGCCGUACAUCCUCGUCGUUGGCCCUGACAGUCGUCUUGAGUGUGCAAAAAAAAAAAACGCAAAGUGUGUAAGCAAGAAGCAGCGAAAGUGAGUGCAAGUGAAAUCCAAAAUUUAUACAGCGUAAACAAACGCGCUCAUUUCUCACCCCCGAAACCCCAAACGGCGGAGCUAAACGGUGCGUAACGUCUCGGAGGGGCGGGGUUUCCGCUUUGACGACCUCCUGAGGCUGUACUCAGGAGGAUAUCGCAUCAACGACCGGACCGGGCGACCAUUUUGCAUCACCAUUUUGCAGCAUCACCCCCUGCCGGCCCACCACCGUCCGGUUGCCGGCCGUGCGAGGGACAUUACCAAUGCUGCGCCAGCAACGGACGCCAACGUACAGAGGAGAAACCUGAUAGGGCGCGUCGUCGGACACUAAGAUGCUCGCGCUGGCCGCUUUGCUAGCCGUACACGCAGGACUCGCUGGUUCAAUACCUACCGCGCCGGAAAACAUUACCGUCACCUUCCUAACGCCCACAUCGGUACGGGUCUCAUGGCAAACCUCGAUGGAUCCACACACGAUGCCAGUUGACAAAUACGAUGUCACGUACAAGCCGACCGACGCCAGUUACAGGGUUGUCGUAGUGGUGGCCGGUAACCGGGACGCGGUGACGCUCGGAGGACUGACGCCGGACACGCAGUACCAGCUGACGGUGGCCGCCGUCUGGAACGGGAAGAAGUAUCGCAGCCGCCCGAUCGUAUUCAGAACGCUGGAGCCUCCAAGGACCUCGUACCAGCAGGACUCCGGUUCGCUGGUGGGUAGCAGUGGCCCGCCGAAUUCACCCCAUGCUGACACGGCGCCCUCGCUGAGUGGCAUCGGCAUCUUCACCGAAGAGUUCGGCAAUAUAUCAGUUAACUCAACGUCCCGCGAACUUCCAACGAUCCGUGGUGUAGAAAUCGGUAUUGUAGUGUUAGUGUUAAUAGUCUGGGCUGGUGCUAUAGCUUUAUUUUUUAAUCGAUGGGGUAAGAUACGAAUGUUGCUUCCAUAUCAACCGGACUACAAGCAGGAACAGCUGAAAGUUCCUGGCACUGGUGUCUGUGCCAAUGGUACCUGCAACGGACAACAUUCCCAUCAGCCUUACCAUCCGUGGCCGGAGGAGCCCUCCUCGGUGAUCUCGGAACGUUGCACCCGGGCCCGUAUCAACUCGGCCAUCUUCGUGUCGUCCGAGGGCAAAGGGUUCGACUCGAUCGAGUUCAUCCGACGGUACGGCUCGCAGAGUGUCCUCUGCCGGAAGGCCAAGAGUGCCGAGAACGUGUCGGCCUCCGAGCGACAGCGGCGCUUCUCCGAGUAUCCCGAGUGGGAGACGGAAGACAGCACGACGGGCAACGGCACGUCCGCCCAUUCGGCCAGUAACGCGCGGCGGAAAAAGUCGCUCCGGCAGGACUCGAUCGAGAUGGUGGAGUGUCACAAGGAGCCGGUCGCGGUCACCGUGCCCGUCCCGGUCGCAGUACCGACCGUGACGCCCGGUGCCGUACCGGUCGUCGUCGGCACGACGCCAACGCUCGUCACGGUCGGUGUGCCGGUCGCGAUCGGCAGCAAACCGGCGGUGGGAGCAGCGUCCACCGCCACUGUCACAGCCAGUGCCACCGCAGCGGCGGCAGGGAUCGUCAAGCCGACGCCGAAGCUGUCCAACCUGCCGACACUCUCGGUGUCCGGACCGUCGCCACCGCACGAGGAAGAAUUCCUAUUAUAAAAUCGAUACUAAGUAAAGGAACGAGUAAAGACAGCUAGGGACUUAGUAGACAGCUCAUUUCGACUCUAUUUUCAUCGGACAAGCGUUCAAAGGUGUGAUAGUUUGAGGAUAGAGGAAUAACCUGAAUGGAACAAAUAGAAAACCCAACCAAGAAGGACCCAUUUAGAGAUACUAAGAGAUACUUAGAAUUAUAUAAAACUGUUUUAUACACUUGAUAGUUGCAAAGUAUAGAACAAUUUGAUAUAUUGUUUUUCCCCUUUUUAAAAAGCAACCAACCGAAGCAGGGCUAGGGAUAUGAAGAUUAGCCGAAGAAGGGACGGAAAGUUCAGGACCAAUGCCAAGACAGAAAUCUAUCGCAUCUCUCUAGUAGCUAAAAGUGUGUAGCAGAAGGAUCAAGAGCACUCUCCGUAACUGGCACCCAUGCCACAACACCAGAUCGAUCCUCACCACGGUGCUGAGUUUCCAUUGGUUUCCUUGACAACCUCAACCGAACCGAGCUUUAAUAUGAUCGUUAUCGGACUAAAUCACGUGCAGUGACUGAGGCUGCCACAAACGGCUGCCAGUUUAUCAACCUUAAUUGACGGAUCAAACCUGUAGCUCAUCCGACAUUUCAAACCAAAACUUCGCUUUAAUGAUAGAAACGAACAAACGAAUCUUAGAUACUAGCGAUCGAGUGCCAUCAAUCUAGUACCAGCAUGUUAACGCAAAAUUGUAUGACAUUAUCAGUAGCAGAAAUGCAAAUAUUUUAGUAGUACCUUCUUUCGAAUCAUUUCAUUUUCCUGUUAAUACUCAUACAUCAAGAAGGAAUUUAAAGUUUCGUAAUGUUAUCGGAACUGAUAACCGUUUUUCGUACCUUUCGAAUUUAGUACUCGUGAUAGAACUGAUUAUAGUCGAGCAGUAAGGGGUACCAAUUGUGUCGUUUAGCGAGUAUAGACCAAACACGAAUCAACUGUGUAAGACGUACGUAUGAAUGUGUGUGUGUGUUUGCGUGUGUACUAAUAGUUAUAUACGGUAAGCAAAUUUUAUAUCAGUAUCAAUGUCUUUGAGGUCAUAUUGUGGUUCUCCGCGAUGCUUGUGCAAACCCAGCAGCAGCAACGGCAGCAGCAGCAGCAACCACUAGCAGAAGCCCGUGCUUCUAAACCUCUAAGCUACUAAGCUGGACUGGAGUCUGGACAGGCUGAGUAGGACGCGGUAGGUCGGAAGGUAGCUGAAACGAACGGACCUAUUAAUUUUCCUACGUACGAUAUGUGAAUAUACCCGUUUGUGUCCCGAUUUCGAGUUGCUACAAUAAAGAUACAUGACCACACUAAGUGCGAGACGAAACAAUAAACGUAUGGCAUCGUGCUAUAAAGAAGCAAUACAAAUGUUUGCCAUAAUUCUCACCUUUGCUCUGUACAAUGUUUUCUUUCAGCAGAAAAUUUACCUGAUUGCAAUUUCAAGGGAGAUAAUGUAUCAUAUGCAAAAGGAAAAAGUAUUUUCACACUUACCGGUGGGAACAGUCGGAGCUCUUUCGUAUGAAUAUUCAGCAAGAUAAAUGACUCUUUAAAGGAUGCUCUGCACACUUAGUUGGCAAGUCCAUAUACAACCUCAUAAAAUUGGUGCUCGAUGGGAAGCCGUGCUUCCGGAACGAAUCAUAAUGAUAAAUCAUACAAAGUGCCACCCCUUCCAAGCUCCUCUGCCACGACCAAUCAUCGAUUUUCAUGUACAAUAUAUUGCCCCAAUGUGUACCAUUAGAGCAUAAAUUGUCUCCAUUGAACUGCUCUCGGUGCGAGUGUUUCACCGGGGAGAAAUAUCUCGUUUCCUCGUUUUGUACUACCACUUGUCUGCACGUUGGCACGGUUUUUUUUUUGUACGGUUUGCAUGACCACACAGUACAGUCGGAAAGAAAAUCUCAUCUUCGCCAUCGUCGAGUCAUGUAGUGGCAUUUAUUUAAAUCAAAACCCCAACGAUAAUGCAGCACCAUAGCGCGGAAGCGUCAUAAAACUUUUCCAGCUCUUUCGGAACUCUUUUUGAUACAGCAUAUCCGCUCGGCGAAUGGAGCAAUUUGCAACAAUCUAGCAAAGCUGAAUGGUCAGACAAAGGCAAAAAAGGCUCGCUCUAGCACACCAACAUUUUACAACCAUUUACAUGCUUCAUGAACUUUCUCGCCAUCAUUCCUGGUAGCACCUUCGUCGUCCUAGCCCAAACACCGAUGUCCGUAAUGGUGUGCUAUUUACCAUCGUGAUGAAGCCCGCUGUGCUCGCAGUGCUUGUGAGCUGGAUGGAUUAUCGUUUGUGCUACCCCAUUCGCUGCAGACGUGCGACCGCUCUCGAUGCUUGUCCAUGCCGCUGCACUAAAUCAUACACCCACGGGGAAGCGUUUUUUUUAAUGAUGUACUAAAAAAACAAACACACCAACCACACCUUGCAAAAAACCAUACCCCAAUCUAGUGAUAAGAAAAGUUUUGCCCAGCAUCCCAGCGCCAGACUGCUCAGUUGACCGUGAUUUGCAUACAUUUUCGCGGCUACUUUAGACUGAUGAUGUUUGUGCGAACAAAAGCUGUAAAAAAGUAACUAAAAUGCUCUCUCGAAAACGCAUGGCAAACAACAAAAACUGAGCGAUGGAACGAGCGACAACGAUUGGACUUUGUAACAUUUUUAAACGACUUGGUGAAUGGCUUUGGGGAAGUCCACCAGCGAAAGUGACACUUUUAUUGAGCACGUCACGGUUUUGAAGAUAAGUGCUUGUACUUUAUGAAAUUUAUAUGGUCCGCGGGGGACAAAGAUGUAUUGAAAAUGCUGACGAUAUUUAUGUUUCCAGAUAAAAUGAAACUAUCGCAACAAUUUGCUACAUCAUUAUCGGCUAAAUGGUUAAAUUAACUGAUAAUUGAACCUCAUCAAAUUUAUGUUAUUUUCUAUUUUUAAACAGGGCAAGUAAAACUGAGAAAAUAUAUAAACCAUUGAUGAUUACAUUUUGUGUAAUUGUUUUGCAUUAGCUUUUUGGUUACAUUAUUCGUUUCAGAACAUUGUUACCUUAUAUUCGAACUUGUUUUCAUUUAUUAUAGUUAAUUCGUGUUCGUUCAUAGCAAAGUAGCAUUGAGACUAUUAUUUACGUUAAUAAUAUGAUGUAAUCCUAGUAUUUAGACAUAGAUUUAUAAUAAGCUUUAUUUGUUAGUACAUACACUUCAUUUUAUACGCCUAAAGCUAUGCAAUUUGCUUUACCAAGUGCUACUAUUAACGCUUAAUGCGUGAUUAAUUUUUAAGCAAGUAAAUCUUUAAAAGCUGUUAAUGCUAUGUUAUGCUAUGCUUUUUCUCCAAGAGUCUCAUUUUAAUUAAAAAAAAAUAGUAAUAAGCCAGCAUCAGAAAUCAGUUGACCCGAUAACGUAUUGCAGACGUAUUACAGAAGGAAAACUUCGAUAUUUGCCCCACUCGUUAUUUUGAAGAGUUUUUUCAGCUUCAAAUCCUGCUUGUAUACAUUUCCUAUUCUAUUAGCACCUGACCUUGUCCGGUAUCUGUUACUCAUCAUCCCCUUCUGAAUUCCGGGUGUCGAGAAAGUGUCAAACAUUCAGCAUGUCAUUGUGUACCUGCCCCUGUCAAUCAUGGAAAACCCUCGACGACAGACAAACAAACGCCUAGUGAUGAUGUUUCCCCUAGCGCUAGAGCCCGUUCUUCAAGCUUACGCCUGUCAUUGCCAUUUCCGUUUUCAUGCUAUUUCUUUUGCUUCGAAAAUACUGCUUGACAAACCAAAUAGAAAAAAAUGCAUAGAACGGUAGUAGUAGACUUUUAAGCAACAAGAAGCCAAAACAGAAGAAAAAAAGCUUCAAAACUCCCCUGCUUUCGUCACUUCCCGCAGCCCUGUCAUCGCAAUGCGGACUGAUUUGGAGCUUGCCUGUGUAAUUGAAUUAAUUUUCCAUUUCUCCCCUUCACACACACACUCACACUGCUGGUUUGCUACCGGUUGAUGGUCAUCUACUUUGGCAAACAAAAACAAAACAACAUUGUCAUCAUUAGCAAACAGCUCGAGAAGAACCCGACGGUCGAGACGGACGUCGCUAGCACAAGCUCCACAGAUGAGCCGUUAGAGAAGGAGCGCUAUUAAACGCUACCGGAGCGUCAGUGCCAACAGAUGGAGACAGAACGACAGUGUAAUUGCAAAUUGUUUCAAUUUACCUAUUUAAGUAAAAUAACAAAUCAAUGACCGGAACGGAAUGACAUCCCUCGGGGAAUAAUCACAUCCAUUGAGGAGAGACCCAAAAAACAUGAUUCAAAUAUCUCAAAAGGCUUACCGGCACCUCGAACAAAAAGGGAAUCCCUGUUUUGGAAAUGGAAUCUCUCUUUUUUCACCACGAACCUCGAUAGAGACGGUUUAAUUUCAAGUGUAAAUAUUUACCUAGCUGAUAAUGAAUGACGCUCGGUUUUCUAGGGCGAGCUUUUCAUCGAGCCUGUAACAGCGAUCCUUCAUGAUGCUCCCGGACGUGUCGGUAGAAAUCCUCUUCGGGAGUUGAAUUAAUGGUACCGCGGCGUGAAACGUGCAAUGAUUCAAACAACCAGCGGACAACGGACGAAGGCAAGUGAUAAUUAGCAAUCGAAAACGAAGCGGCCAGCCUACAGAUCGUUGGCUAUAGUUUUAUUUGACGAAUGGCGAAUGAUCGCGCACCAUUGAGAGUUGGGCUAUAUUUAUGGUAAUGUUUCUCGUUUUUACCAUCAGAAAAGUGUUUUUGUGAGUCCAACAUACCAAUCAAUGGGAUGAAAGCACGGGGAAAAAUGUGACGGGCCCUCCGUUCGUCACUAGAGGAGACGUGCCAAUUAGUGGUGUCAUUAUUUCACUGAUUGGGGGCUAACAUUCGACGCACAAAAAGUAGCAUAAUAAAUGAAGCGUUAAUUGAAGUUGUGCUAAAAUAACUAUCAGUUUUUGUUUUAUAAACUGCAUCAAAGAGAGGUGCACAGGGAAGAUAUUGUCACACAGAAUCAAAUGUUAAAAUGUGAAAGGGAAUGCAUGCAUGUUAUAUGUUUAAGAGACAAUAAUGUUUCCUUUAAAAAUAACUCAACAAACAAAUGCUCUCGCGUAUUAUCGUGGCUGGAGGUAGAGUAAGUAAGCAGUAGUACUAAAACAUCCAAAAGAAAGUACCCUACGUAUGGAUUCCACUGUCUAUUUAGCUGUGGUUACGCAUUGGCUACAUGAUUGUCAAUUUACAACGACUACACCACAAAACAAACUACCAGUGUCAACACAGUUCCUUCCCGGCUCCCGUGGGCACCUUGAGCCAACCUCUGUCAGUCAGUGUUGCAUACCGUAUUGUACUAAGUAAAUGUACUAAACGUAAGUCUUUUACAUGGACUAGCAGUUCGUAAGUAUAAUACUGAAUUUCUAAACGAAAAUAGAAAAAAAACAGCAAAAAAAGUUUGAAAUAAACUAAACAUUAGGAUACAACCAUUGAUACAUUUUAUAUAUGACACGGGACCACUUUGUGUCUUGUUUCGGUAAAUCCCUCCAUAAACCUUCGUACAGAGUGCGCUCGUAAAUUCACACAGGCAGUGAUCAGACAGCUGAAAUGAGAUCACUAUCGGUAGGGAAAAUAGACAGUUUUAAAUACAUGAACAUAUUCAAGUAGCGUUCUAGUACCGAUUUGUGUAACUGAUUCAAUGUCUGAUUAGCAACUUUUCAUGAAACGAGUACUAAACACCUGGUGGGGAUAUGUGAAAGAAAUAAUAAGCAAAAACAUAUAACUUUCGAAUGUCUUUUGCGAGAAUCAAAAGUACCCUAUUGUGAGUACAUAAAAACCGAAAAAUUGUUCAAUGCAUGUUCAUAACAUAUAGCAAUUGUUGUAUUGGUAAAAGUGGAGAAAAAACAUUAGCACUCUGUUGGCAUCACCCUAACAACCCAACAAUAUCAAAGUUGAAUGAUAGGAUAGUAAAAACAAAUAAUAACGAAACCAAAACCCCCGGAAAUGGAAAAGCCCCGGACGAUAUUCUAAGCAUACCACUAUGCAACUAAGCCUUAACACUACACUCUCCUGUGAGUAGCCUGGCCAGAGCCGCGUGUCGAAGAAGUUUAAUCGAUGAUCCCCAGGUAUCAUCACGCUCACCUCCCUGUCUUAAGAAAAGGAAGCGAAAAAAACACCAGUUAAAUUAGCAAUCUCGUACAAAACUGUAAGAAAAAAUCAAUCGUUAAUCUUUCCACUUCCCUUUUCUCUUUCUGUCUGCACCGUUAAACAUAUCUCCAGUUGUGCGAUGCUCUUCGUAAAUCCUAACACUCACACCUAUCGUUGUCUAACGUGCUAUCGGUUGUACACGUGUUACAACUAUUCUACGGCUAGCGUCUUAUAAUCCUUCCCUGAAAGUUCCCUGGGAAACAAUUCACUUCUCCAUCUUUCUCCAGAAUCUAUCGUUGUUGUUUAGAACACUUUUAAACUAUACCCAUUAUACUAUGCUGUAUCUAUGACUCUUUACUAUCGUGCAACUCAUUAUAACAUUAAAGAAAUCACUAUCAACCAAAAACCAAAAACAACGAGGACCAUUACUGUGAAAACCAAUUUUCGUACCGGUAGAGCAAACAUACAGAUCACUCUCCCACGACUUGACUUCAUUGUGAUUCACAUUUCGCGAUACAUAAAAUGAGGGAGAAUAGAUUCAUGAACAAAUAAAUAUGACAAAAAAAUCCAGAUAGAAAGAAAAAAAAGAUGAAUAUAUGGUAAAGUAAACAUUACGUAACGUUUAGAAGUAGCAGAUUUAAACGGAAGUCCCUGUUUGUGGUGGCAAUGAAACUACGAAAACGUGUAAACCAAUUCGCUACUAGUGAGCGUGAUCAUACUCAUGUAACGUUCGUAUCGUUCAGAGAACGCAGGUGCAGGUUCUUUGCAAGUAUUGUUAAGCCUGACUAGAUACGACACCACUUUUAAUGUGCACACUUUUAUGUAACAGAACUACUAUCACCCAAUCUACCCAUGCACCUCUUGCCGGUUACUGAUCCGGCACGAUUGCGAUGCGAUACAGCGGAAUUCAAACCAUAAGAAGUAAAUAAACAAACCAUCAGAUAGUAUUUUAACAUA